CACUGCGCAUGCGCGGCUCAGGGAGUGCGCAGUGAUCGCCGGAUCACGGAAAGAGCCGAAGUUGUCGGCUUGGUCAUGUGGUCAGCUGUGUCCAAUCACAGCUGAUCACAUGGGACAUGUACACUGAUCAUCAGGGCACUGAUGAUCAGUGUGCUCUGAUGAUCAGUGUGGCCCCAGAAGUGCCACCUGCCAGUGCCAGUGCCCAUCAGUGCCAGUGCCCAUCAGUGCCACAUCAAUGCUACAUAUCAGUGCAUACCAGUGCACAUCAAUGCCACAUAUCAGUGCCCAUCUGAGCUGCCUUUCAAUGUCAGUCAGUGCCAGUCAGUGUCGCCUAUCAGUGCAGUGCCAGUCAGUGCGGCCUAACAGUGCC